AUGUCUGCCAAUUUCGAAGAUGAGGAUGCUCCUCCGGAGCUUAUCGAUGUGUCUGCGAUGCCCGCAGACGAGGUAUCGGUGGAUGAAGAACUGACAGCUCGAGUGCCGAUCACUCUGGUCACUGGCUACCUGGGAGCUGGCAAAACGACACUUUUAAACUAUAUUUUGACAGAAAAACACGGCAAAAAGAUUGCCGUGAUUAUGAACGAAUUCGGUGAUUCAAUGGACAUUGAAAAACCAAUGACAGUGAACCAAGGCGGCCAAGAAGUGACUGAGUGGAUGGAAGUCGGCAACGGCUGCAUCUGCUGCUCUGUGAAAGAUUCAGGCGUGAUGGCCAUUGAGUCUUUGAUGGAACGCCGCGGUACCUUCGACUAUAUCCUUCUAGAGACGACCGGUCUGGCAGACCCGGGCAACAUCGCCCCGAUCUUUUGGAUGGACGAAGGGCUCGGAAGUUCCAUCUAUCUCGAUGGAAUUGUCACUCUUGUUGACGCGAAGAACAUCAUGCGUUUGCUAGAUGAGCCAGCACCCGAGGAGAAGGCCGAGUCUCAUGACGCAAACCACGACCAUGGGUCUGGUCCUGUGCUUUCUAUGGCCCACAUGCAAAUCUCGCAUGCCGACGUGGUCAUUCUCAACAAGACGGAUCUCGUUACGGCAGAAGAGCUGGAGGCUGUGCGGGAUCGCGUUACCUCUAUUAAUAGCGUGGCGAAGAUACAUGUGACGGAUCAUAGUCGUACACCGCAAAUUGAGGGCGUUGUGCUGGAUUUGCAUGCGUAUGAUCACUUGGCAGAGUUGGACUUCAGUAAGAAGGGACAUAGCCACAUGGACCCGGCAAUUUCUACCACUGCUAUUGUUACACCUCCAAUCCCGGCAGACAAGGUAGGCCGCGUGGAUGCCUGGUUGCGCUCUGUUCUGUGGGAUACAACCUUCCCCGUGCCUACUCAGUCAACCUCGUCUGAGCCACACCCAGACAACUUUGAGGUCCACCGGUUGAAGGGUAUUCUCAUCCUGGACAAUGGCACGAGCAGAGUUAUCCAAGCCGUACGGGACGUGUUUGAGAUCCGAGAUGCACAGCCUAUAGACACGGAGGAUAAGUCUAAGCCACUUCAGUGCAAGAUCGUAUUGAUUGGACGAGGACUAGGGUCAAGCGUAGAGCCUUGGCAGGAGAGUUUUGAAUCAUGUUUGAAAUAA